CCAUUUAUCGAAACUUUGUUCGAUCUUGAAUGCUACCUACAUUAUUCAUUAAUUCAGCUGGCAAAACAAAAAUUCCUGGUGUUGUGAGCGGGAUAAUUCUUCAGAGCGUAAGUUUUGUUAAUUUGCACUUUCACAGACAGCGGUUAGGGCUAUUUGCUUCAGAUUACAAAAAUAUAUGUGAAUGAUUUAUCGCGUGAUGAUCAAAUGGUGUAAAAGCAGUUUCCAGACUUAAAUAAUCCUCCUUCUAUGUUUUGGAAAAUACUAGCCAUAACAACAUGGAGGAACAAGUAUCUGAGGCAAAAGAGAUGUUGUCAUCCAAAGACUUACAGCAAAAAGAAGAAGCAGUGAAAAUUUUAAUUGCAAUCUCAAGGCAGGGAAGGAACAAGGAGGCUACAGAUCUUUUAGCUAAAUGCCUGGAAGAGAGCCAGGGAAUCACACCAGAGACUGAAGAUGAUAUCAAGUGGUGUGUGAAGAUUGCAGAAGAGGAAAAAAGACUUAGAUAUGCGAUUGAACAGCUUUAUAAUUCUGUGAAGAAAGAUGGCAAAGACAAAGUGGCUAUACAGGAUAUUGAUGAAGCUAUGAAAAAAGGAAAGGAAAAACAGAAGGUUGGUUACAAUUAAAUGGCAUCACCAAGAAUGCACCUAUUGCUAUUGGUGAAAUGUCUAGUCAAAUCAUGCCUGUGCACCGCCACUUGACCAUGGCUAGGGCACUAAAAGGAAAUGAUAUCCCAAUUUUUGGUAGCCUCCCAUGCAGAAAUUCUUGGGGGUUUGUCAUGCAUUCCUGGGAACGCGUGACAAACCCCUAAGAACAUCUGCAUGGGAGGCUAACUUUUUGGAUCAUAUGCAGGGCUGUCAACCUCUCACAUCCUCAAAUAUUGAGAAUUGACGUGGAAGGGAUGAUAGGUGACAUCAUAAUGCAUGGCAGGUGAGGUCAUUUGUGAAAAAAAAAAGUGCAAAAAACAUGUUGUUGGAAUUGUAACAUUUGACCUAGCUAAUUGGUUUACUUCCCACCAAUCACAUUAUUGCUUAUAUUACAAUGGCAUACCUGAGUUUGUGAGGAAACGUUCCAUGUUACCAGUAAGACAGCUGAAACAACGCAAAAUAUUUGAAAUUUCAUUGUCAGAAAGUCGAAUAUACAAAUGGCAAAUGGUGGUGAUUAUACGGGAGAUUUCAGACUCUAAUCAGGGAGAAACGGUUCAAAAUCUGGAGUCUCCCAGAUUAUCCGGGAGAGUUGAAAGCCCUUUGUAUGAGGAUCAUUAUUUAGUAUAUAGUAUCCUGCCACUUGCAGUCAGUUUGGCGUGUCAGGAGGAAUUGGUGGGCACCUGUACCCACUGUUCAGUCAGGGUUUUAAAACCUUAAUUGAUACCCAUGCACAUAACAGCUCACCGUAAAAAAUCCUUGCUACAGGUCCAUGAGCAACAGCUUGACAAAUUUGUCAAUAUACAUGGUGGUGAAAAUAAUUAAAAUUAAAUGAAAGGACAUAGAUCUGACUAAGGAGAAACAUGUAGACACAACUUUUGCAGUUGCAAAAAAAAAAAAAAUUUAAUACUCUUUGAGAAAUUUUAAAUUUGUACACUUUUAAUAGACCCUAGCUCCUAAGACAAUGACCCUAAAAUUAAUGCAUGUUUAGCAUCCAGGGCGAGGUUGUUCAAAGCUGGGUUAAAAGAUAAACCAGGGUUAGUGUGAAAUUUUUAUCCAGAUAUGAAAGCUUUAAAGACAAAUUCAGUUUAAUUCUUUUUGUCUUCAAAUUGAUGAUUGGCUACUCUGAAAAAAUAGAGAAAAUUAUGUGAGAAAAUACUUUCAGGAAAAAGGAAAAGAAAUUCAGAUAAUUUCAAUUGAACAUCAAGUUUGUGCUAAUCAGCCUUUAAACGACUAGGUCCAGUAUGAUUAUUGUUUAUUUAAUGAAAAGGAAACAGACAGCCAAGAAGCAAAUAACAGUCCUGAAAAGGAGAAUAAAGAAAUGAGUGAGGAAGUUGGACUGAUGAGCUUGCUGAUCAAUGCUUUGACUGUUGGCGAAAAAGAUGAGUUCACUCUGGCUGAACUAAAGGACACAGUGAUGGCAUAUGCCAGAGGGGAAGUCCCUGAAGUAGUAACGUUGCUGAGUAAGGAAGACAUGGAUAAAUUCAAUAAGGCCUCCGUACUGGAAAAGGUACUGCACUGUGUACUAAGUUAAAACUGUCUACUAAGUUGAAAAAAGAAAAAGGUUGCAGUAUUCAAUCUGUUCACUCUUUUUAAGCUAUAAAACUGGGUUACAAUUUUAAAACUAGGCUCAGGUAUAAAAUGUGCAUAUUUCUUUUGGUGCUCCCUAAAAUAAAAACGCCAUUUAUUUAGGCCUCCUUCCAACCCCCCUCCUUCCCCAUCUCAAGAUGCUACUGGGUCCUUCCCUUACAAGACCCCAUCAAGAAGAAUUUUGUCUACCAUCUGGAUUUGAUCUGCGGCUCUGUUUUGGUUCCUUUCAAACCUGCAUUAUAAUUAUGCAUGUACUUUUUUCGCGAAAGAAAGAUGACCAUCACAGUAUCUACAGUGUAUGAACUUUUCUUAAAUAACAAUAAAUUAUUUGUUAAGAAAAAAAAGGAAAAAAAUCAUUAUGAAAGUUAAUAUGUGAUGAAAUUUCUAGAGAGCUGGCACAACAGCUUUAUUUGUAUUAUUUGAAGAAAAGAUUUGCAGCAAAGCCAGUUGGUACAGCAAUCAUGCCAAUAGCUACUCCCUUCAUCCAAUUAAAGGGAAUCAUAAAAUAGGCAAAUUAAAAAUGAGUAAUUAGCACAUUGGAACCAUGGUGUGGUCAACCUUACAGGUUUGGUAGAUAAAUAAGGGAUUUUAUAUCACCUCACUUGACAUGUUAUCAAGAGUUGGCUGUGCUGAUGACAGUAAAAUUAAAUGAAUAAAAAACAUACACUGAUUUAUGUCAUCAACUAGGGAGGUGCUGACAUUUGAUGUCAAGAAGAAAUGUUGUUGAUGUUGUGGUUCAAUUUUUUAAUCCGUGGUUUAAUUUUUGUUGAUCAAACUCAUUACCAUACAUUACCACACCCAAAAAAUAAAAUAAAAUAAAUUUAAACUAAGGAGAAAAUUGAACCACAAAAUCUACCUGACUGUGUUUAUUUGAGCUUGGACUUUGACUUUAGGGGAUUGAUGAAGUUAAUCAUUGUUUGGAGAACCGCCCGCAUAUGAGCUAUCAAUACCUCUCUAAAAUGUCCUGACAUGCACUAUAUGAAUUUUGAUUUGUUGCCAAACUUGAUUUAGAUGUUUUCUUUUGUAUAGCCAGGUCAUGAAAUAUCCAGAUCAGUCCCUGGAAUCUGCAAAGCACUUCAUCCUUGUAAAGAUUUCUAAGAAAGGAUCCACCUUCUUGAAGUCCUUGAUUCCAACCUCCCAAAUCCAAAUGCUAGUUUUACUGUAUGUUUACAGCCAACUGACUACAGUCUUCCUCUGGUUUAUAAUUCCCUUGAUUAUUUUCUACAUCUGCUUUUUGUCACUGGUCGUGUUUUCUCUCCAAAUGUUUUAUGGAAGGGAAGCCUUGAGACAACUGAGAAGUGUGUCAGAGCUAAUGAAAAAGUAUGUAAUCUGUUUAUUAAUUUUUGCUUAUGGCAAUAGGUGGGUGUACUCCUUGAAAAUUUGGUGGGGUUGUGCAGCAUGUGCUCUGAAACUCUAACCCUAGUCAAAUUAAAAUCUUUGAUUUUGCCUGCAGAAUUGUGGACCUCAGAACAGCUCUCUUUAGUAGGUUAAUUGAAAAAAAGAGAAAUUCAAUCCUAGACCUUACCCUACUUGAUUUAAAAUUUUAGACCAAAAGGGCGCAAAAACUGUACCCUAUGGGGGUGCAUAUUCCUACAAAGCUUAAGGGAGUACCCCCCCGCCCCGCCUUUCUGAGAUAGUAAUGCAUAAUGGUUUAGGCCACCCAAGGCUUAAGCCCAGCUAUAUAGUCAGUAACAGAAUGGUUUUGGUAGCCGUGGAAGUCAAUAGCUAUUUUGGGAUGAAGUAUAAAAAAUAAAUAAAUAAAAAUUUAAAUUUAAGUCUUUUCAUCCUUGUCUCUUUUUUUAAUACAAAUGAGGGAAGUGCGUAUGAGCUGCACGCGGAGGAGAUGGGAAGAAAGAAAUACGGGAGAAGGGUAGUCUCUCCUUUCUCUCUUGGUCUGCAAGUCUCCCGUGACCGCAUGCAAACGAUAUUGAAGAGAUGACUUAGGAUGAAUCAGGUGGUCUGUGGAGCGUCAAGUCGCAAGUUUGAUACCAAGCAGCGGACCAAUAGUUAGGGUCAUUAAACUAGCAGUAAUUAGGGAUUGGUGAGUGAGUUCGAAUGUUGUAGAUAGAAUAACGCACUUUCUGUACGCGUCAGAGUAGUAAACAAGUUCUUGGUCAAACUUCGUUCUAUUAGACCUACGAAAUCUUAAAAAGACAUUGCAUUUACUUCCAAAAAUUAUUGAGUUUAAACAAUGAACAGUGCAGACAAAGGAAACGAGCAAAGCUGCACGUGGAAGAAAAGACAUGCGCGCUCCUUGCCCAUGGAGUCUAUGACGUAUUUCCGGUACCUGAACGAACCAAAGAAUCGAGAUUCUUUCUGCUAAAUGCUUGUGCCCAGGCGUCUUGCGUUCAGUUUAUGUUGCGUUCUCCUGGCGUUGAACGCAAUGAAUUGUCUUUGCUUUGGUUGGACUACCACUUAGAAUCUGUGGCCCAGUCCCCAUUGGGGAACCUAAAAACAGUCCUUUGUGCUAUGUAACUUGUUGACUGCGUGUUUGGAGAGCGCUUUUCCUUAGCUUAUGCAGUUAUAGACCACUCCAUCUAAUGAUUCCAUAUGGUUACUAGUUUCUUCUUUCAGAGGACUACCGGAUAAAUACGAUGACUAUGCACUGUACACAAUUCUCCUCAAACUGCUAACCACCGGACUGUGUCGUUUGGGGAAUGUGCGAGGACUGGCCUUCCUGUGCUACCCAAUUUUUGUUGGUAAGGUAAAGUCAUAUCUCUGCAAAAUUUUUAUUGUUUUUCAAUACUUUUACUUUAUGGAAACACGAAAAGUGUUAAUCCUAUAUUUACUGCGAAAAAUCUUCGUUACGUGAAUUGCAAAGUUCAUCCCUCUGUGUCUGAAUCUUCUAAAGCAGACACCAAGACCAAACAUUUGGGCCAUGUGCGGACUGGAAAAAAAUGAAGUUCUGGUUAGCAAGAAAAAGGGGCGAGAAUGCGGGAUAUGGCGAUCCCCCUUUCCAUACCCUAAUUAAAAAGCUUAGUUCCGUCAAUUCAUUUGAUAAAGUUAAGGGGUUCAAGUGCCAACGUCUCUAAAGUUAGCCCUCCACCAGAGCCAAUUCACGAAUUCGUGUCCUCGGAAAGUCAAUUGUUUGUAAUUGUAAUUGUAAUUUUUUUACCAAUGAAACCCAACUAGAAGUUCCUAACAACUCGUUUAAACGUGUCCGCUCGUUCCAAAUCAAAUUGUUAUAAGUGUAUUGGAAGUGUUAUAUUUGGAAAUGCAUUUGAGGAGAGGAGAAAACCGGAGUUUCUAGUCAAAAACCCCUCGGAACAAAGAAGAGAACAAAAAACAAACUUAACCCACAUAUGGCGACGACGCCAGGAUUUGAACCCAGGCCACAUUGGUGGGAGGCCAGUGCCCUCAAGCGCUCCCAGAGCUACCUUCAUUACUUGCAUGAACUUUGUAAUCUUCUUUUUUUUUUUCUCCGCAGUGCCCCUUCACUAUGGACUGGAAUUUGACAUCAGUCUUCCAUCGAUUCUCCAAGUGGUAAUUUUCGUCCUGCUUCUCAUUAUGGCGGGCCGUCACUCUUGGCGUGGAAUGUAUAAAGUACUUAUUCCUUAUUUGGUGUGUCUGCUAUGGUGGCAGCUUUUUACCGAACUGUUUCACUUCACGACCUGGAGCAGCUUGCUCCGCGCCACCCUGGGGUGGGUAAUUUUUGUGACCACGCUACCUUUACUGAUUCUGUUCACUGUUGGCCUGUCUGUGACGUAUUUCGUGCAGUGGUUUAUGACGCUGGAUUUGGCAUUCAAGGUUGCGGUCUCAGCUGGAGUUGUAGCGUGUUCAUCGGCUGUGUUUUACUACUCCAAGCUAGAGAUUCCUCAUGGAGAGAAACUCGAGCCCAAGAAAAAACUAAUCAUAAUCUUGACGGGUUCGGUGGUUGUUAGCCUUUUGCUUCCCGUUGUUUACAUCAAUUUUGUCCCUUCGAUAUAUGGUUCACCCAAAGCACUAUUAUGGAAGGAGUACUACAAUUCCUGUGUCAGUGUGACUAACGGGGGUGAAGUCAAUAUCGCAGCAGUGCAGAUAAGAUGCAAUGAAUUUCAAGGCGAGUCUGUCAACUGGACCGGAAUUGUAGCUGAUGUUAAGUUGAGCUCUGUAGAAAAUCGCUUUCGUCCCUUGGUCACUUACCUCCCCCGGUUUUUGCAGCCUUCUCUGAAAUGCCUUCUUGGAGAAGAGGAGAAUAGAGGUGGAGAGAGGUAUGAGGACAAAUUUAAAAUUUAUAUGUAUACAGAUUUGGUUCCCAGGAUCUUUCAAAGAAACUUUGCUCUUUCGUUCCCUUUCAAGAGCUGUUCUAGAGUAAGCAGUGAAUCGGUAUUGUGAAUUGCAUAUGGUAAGCAGCAGUUGUUUCCUAAUAAUACGAAUGAAAUUAAUAGAUCAACGUACUCGUAUAAGAGAAAAUCGUUACUUUUUUGGUAGUAACCAUUACACCAUUCGCUAGACCUGCCUGAUAAAGGAAAUUCUGCGCUAUUGUGUAUCCAGAAUUGUUCGAUUAUGGGGCGAGUUUAAACUCAGUUGAUCAGGUCACACGAUAGCUUUGAAUCUUAUAAUAGCAAAAAUAUUUGUUCAAGUUCUUUAACAGAAACACAUGAUAUAGAAAAACAAGAAAGAAAAAAUAAUGGCCUUAACGUAUUGCUGUCGAGGUUGGCAACUGGAGGUAGAACAACCAUGGCAGUUCCCUCGCGUUUGUUAAAGUCUAGUUCAGGAGAACCAUAAAAAGUGACUUUAUUACCUUCUUUCAGGUUCACGGAAGCACGCUGGUGGUUGCCAAAGGCUAAAGGACCGUGCCAUUUAAGAACGUAUGACAGGUACACCUUUUCUGUUGGGGUAAAGAUGACUACUGAUGCAGCAGCACACAGUACGAGGAAGUAG